AUGAAAAGCAGACUAUCACCUUCUUUAGAACUUUUUUCUGAAAACAUUUUGCCACUUCCGGUUAUGAAUGAUUACCACUUACUUAUAAUAGCUUUCAAAAUUAGAAACAAUCUCUUAAAGAAUAAUAUUGAACUAAAAUACAUCAACGAGAUACAUAGUCAUGGAACUAGGCGAGUUGGAAAUUUUCACGUAGUCAAAAAUCAUGUAAGAGCAGUUGCUCUGUUUAAGGCUGGUGUUCUCCAAAAAAAUUUUUCUGGUGCUCUCACAACUAAUAUAAUGACACCUGUUCUGGUGCCACUGGGCAUGUUUAAUACUGAUGGAAGAUGA